UUUUGGUCCCUGGUCCCUUUUUUUGGACAUUAAAACCAGUAUCAGUUCAGUUAACUGGGUCCCUCGGAGUCAAGAUGAACGCACCUGAUAGAUACGAGUCGUUCGUCCUUGGGAAUGGCGAAAGCAAAGUCGAAAUGGAGAUUGAUACUCGAAUCCCUUCAUCAGCAAUCUUUACAUUUAACAAGGAAGAUCACACACUUGGAAACCUGAUCCGUUCUCGUCUCCUCCAGAGCUCCCAUGUUCUAUUCGCUGCAUACAAGGUUCCCCAUCCGCUUGUUCCCAACUUCAUUCUCCGUGUUCAAACAGAUGGCGAAAUCGCCCCGAAAGAGGCUGUCAUCACUGCAUGCAACGAGCUAGUGCGCGACCUCGGCAUCUUAUCCCGGGAAUUUACCAAAGAAUACGAGUUGCGCAAGAUGGUUGGAGCUACACAACAGCAGCAAAAUGGUGCUCCGGAUGGAAUAUAGUUAGCACCAUCCACUCAUAAAUUCCGAAAGAUCAGUUUCUUUUCUUUUCUUUUUACGGCCCUGCUGGUUUAGCUCUGUUUUAACGUGCGCAGCUGGUCAUGCGUGCUCUGUCAUAUGCUAGCUCUCCCAUGCUAGCUCUCCCGUUGGCAACCCUCAUUGCCUUCUUUCUUAGUUUCUAUCUUUUGAAUGGAGCUACUAGGUCUCCAAUCUUUUAUCCUCGGUACUGCAUGUGUGGGUGUAGUGGCAUGAUUGAUCGCCGAUGCUCACUUUGGUGGAAAACCCCUUGCUAUAGAAUCGUUUGUAUAUAGUAGAACAUAAUUCAUUAGCAGUCCACCAUCUUGACUACGUAGCUAACAUCCCGUUUCCCC